AUGCUGCCAGCAAUCGUUAAACUCUGCUGUGGAAUCUCAUACCAACAUUUCAGGAGCAUGACAGGAUUGCAACAAAGAGCUGUGGCCGCUAUUGGACAAGAAAUCAAUUUGAUGCAACGUGGGAGUCAAAUCACUUUACCAAAUUGGGCAAGUCAUGUACAGUGGAUAAAAGCUAACUCUCACACUGGAAAACCAGAAAAUGAAGGAACUAUAAGCACACCCAUGACUCUGAGGGAAGAAGAGCUGGUCUAUGUAAACCAAGGGAAGGAGGCCUUAAAAAAGGCACUAGAAAUUCUGCAGGACAAAGAUGGGUGGAAACGGGAAAUUUUAGAGGAAAGCGGUGAUGUGGUUCUGAGUAAAACCCUUCCUGGAACAGGAAAGGUAUUCAGACUGGAAGCAGUCCUAGAUGCCACCCCUGAGGAACUUUAUGAUGACCUGUUUGUGAAAGUGGAGGAAAUGAAUCAGUGGAACCCUGAUGUCAAACAAAUCAAAAUAUUAAAGCACAUUGGACAGGACACCAUGGUUACGCAUGAGGUUUCAGCUGAGACAGCAGGAAAUCUUGUGGGCCAGAGGGAUUUUGUGAGCGUCAGACACUGCUGCAAACAGAAGUCCUGUAUUUAUUUAGCUGGAGCUGCCACGCAUCUAGAAGCCUUCCCGCCUCAGAAGGGGUUUGUCAGAGCUCAAGAUGGACCUAUGUGCAUUAUCCUACAGCCACUUGGGGAGGAAAAGAAGAAAUGUCAGCUCACAUGGCUUCUUAAUAUGGAUCUCAAGGGCUGGCUACCAAAGUCCAUCGUCAAUCAGGUUUUGCCGCAAGCCCAGGCUGAUUUUACAAAACAUUUACGCAAACGGCUGUCAGCAAGGCUGGUCCCCCUGCAGCACUGACACACACGGAUCGAGGCGUAGCUGAUGAAGAUGCUUGAGGAAAGACUGUUGGACUCUACAGCUGUUCCACAUCAACCUGCUUCUCUGGCCCAGCUGCUCUGUGCGCACAACUACUGUAGCACUUCAGAGAGCUAAAGAAGAUCAGGUUGUACAAGCAGAGACUGAGAGGCAACCGAGUGAUUGUGGUUAAACUGAAAAUUAUGCCAGUUCCCUCAGAGGUGAUUGAAAAUAAAGCCUCAAAUAUGUAUUUAUUUUAAUAGGAAAGGAUACUAUGGCAACACAGACCUCAAAGUCUAAUGUUUCUUCUUGUAUUUUCUAACUGUUGGCUGUAGGAGCUUUACUGCUGGUACUGUACAUCUCAGCUAACUGUUGCAUCAUUAGGUGUGUCAAAUUGUUAUCAGUAAAUCAGGUAAAUACAUCAUUGCUUUGUUGCCACCAUCUGCAUGACAGCAAAUGGCUAUGAAACUGAUCAAUGGUCUUUGAUCAUUAAUUUUUCCAGGAAAUGUUUUGAGACUUGCUCUGCUUGUUACUGUACAUCUAAGACCAUGAAAACAUUUAAGAAUACUAGUUUUAUAGUUUAUUCUAGUUUUAGUUCAUUUUUUAGUACUAAAAAUGCAUAUUUAUCUACAAAACAUGUCAUA